GUUGGAUUCCUCCAAGGGAAGUUGAAAGAGUUGGCAGAGGAACACAGCGCGAGAGCGACCUCUUCCGAUCUUUUGGGUUUAAAAAUAAAAGAGACGCCGUGAUCCUUCUCUGUUCCACCGAAGAUCUUCAACGGCCGACCCGCUUCCAUUGGACCUUUCUGUGUCCUCUUCAUCGCGAUCGACCUAGAGCGGAUCAGACUUUCCUAGUGGGGAAUAGGAUUUCAGGAGCUUCGUCCGCGAAUUUUACAUGGCUGGUGCUCCUGCUAGGGCUCGGGCGGACUACGAUUAUCUCAUCAAGCUCCUUUUAAUUGGCGACAGCGGGGUUGGCAAGAGUUGUCUCCUUUUACGGUUCUCGGAUGGCUCCUUCACUACUAGUUUCAUUACCACAAUUGGUAUUGAUUUUAAAAUAAGAACUAUUGAGCUUGAUGGCAAGCGUAUUAAAUUACAAAUUUGGGAUACAGCCGGUCAGGAACGCUUUAGAACAAUUACAACUGCUUACUAUCGAGGGGCCAUGGGCAUUUUACUUGUUUAUGAUGUAACUGAUGAGUCAUCCUUCAACAGUAAUAACUGCUAUCUUAUUCUACUAAGAUUUUAUUUAAAUUAUACUUUUCAAAUUCUUAUUGUUCUGGUUUUUCAAUAUGCAGACAUAAGAAACUGGAUCAGGAAUAUUGAACAGCAUGCUUCUGAUAAUGUUAACAAGAUUCUAGUUGGUAACAAAGCUGAUAUGGACGAAAGCAAAAGGGCCGUCCCUACCUCGAAGGGUCAAGCACUCGCCGAUGAAUAUGGUAUCAAGUUUUUUGAAACUAGCGCAAAAACAAAUCUAAAUGUGGAGCAAGUUUUCUUUUCAAUUGCUAGAGACAUCAAGCAGAGGCUUGCAGAAUCUGAUAACAAACCUGAGGAACGGACAAUCAAGAUCAACAAGCCAGACCAGUCCUCCGGUGACAGCAAAGCUCCAGAGAGAUCGGCCUGCUGUGGUUCUUAAAGAAGUACAAGGGAUUGGAAGCGGUGCUUUUUGGGCUGGUUGCUGUUUGAUCUUAUUUUGAACUAAUAUGAGAAUUAUAGUUAGUGAUUUGGCUGAUGCUUUGUAUUUUAAUCCGAUCAUUCUUUACACUCGCUGAUCCUGCGUGCAAUGUUGUUGCUUUGCUGUGCCGGGAAAAAAUUGGUACUAUAUUGACCACUUCUAUUUCUCUUUUCACUAAGCAUGUUGCCCCCUUCUCCAUUAUGUUAUCAUUGCGUGUACGCAUAGCUGAAUCCUCUGUUGUUUCUCAA